UUUUUAAUUCAUGGCAAGUGCCGUGCAUUCUACUGUGUGCAGUCCAUGCGAAGAACACGUGAAGAAUAGCGAGGUGUUUUGCUGAUUUGACCGUAAAAAUGUCAGCUAAAUUUUGGAUAAUCGGGCUCUUUGCCGUGCUUCUAGCAACAUCAUUUGUGUCUGCUGCUGAGGAAACCGAAGAUGGUGAUGUGGUAGUGGAGGAAGACAUUGGCAAAAGCAGGGACGGGUCCAAGACAGACGAUGAAACUGUGGAAAGGGAAGAAGAGGCAAUCAAGUUAGAUGGUUUGAACGUUGCCCAAAUGAAGCAAUUGCGAGAAUCUGCUGAGAAGCAUGUUUUCCAAGCUGAGGUCAACCGCAUGAUGAAACUCAUCAUCAACUCACUCUACAGAAACAAGGAGAUUUUCCUGAGGGAGUUGAUCUCCAAUGCUUCCGAUGCCCUGGACAAGAUUCGGUUACUGUCACUCACAGAUAAAUCUGCACUAGACGCCACAGAAGAACUUGUCAUCAAAAUUAAGGCGGAUAAAGAUAACCACAUGUUGCAUGUUACUGAUACGGGGAUUGGAAUGACAAAACAAGACCUCAUCACUAAUCUGGGUACCAUUGCCAAGUCGGGAACCAGUGAAUUCUUUGAGAAACUUUUGGAAACCAACUCGAAUGAUGCAGGCGAUCUGAUUGGUCAGUUUGGUGUCGGUUUCUACUCGUCUUUCUUGGUUGCCGACACUGUUAUUGUGACUUCCAAGCACAAUGAAGACAAGCAGUAUAUCUGGGAAUCUAACGCCGGCGAGUUUACGGUGACAGAAGACCCUCGAGGUGACACCCUGAAGCGUGGAACCACAGUCAGUCUUCAUCUGAAGGAGGAAGCCUACGACUUCCUGGAGCCAGACACCAUUGAGAAGCUGGUCAAGAAGUACUCUCAGUUCAUCAACUUCCCUAUCUACCUGUGGUCCAGCAAGACUGAGACAGUUGAGGAGCCGAUCGAAGAUGAUGAGGAAGGCGAAACCAAGGAGAAACCUGAAGGAGAUGAUGAAGAUGUGGAAGUGGAGGAUGAUGAGGAGAAGGAAGAUAAGCCAAAGACCAAGAGUGUGGAGAAGACAACGUGGGACUGGGUGCUGAUGAACAUCAACAAGCCCAUCUGGACUCGCCCAGCCAAAGAAAUCACCGAUGAGGAAUACUCGGAAUUCUACAAGUCUUUUACCAAGGCCAGCGACGAUCCCUUGGCCAAGACCCACUUCACCGCUGAGGGGGAGGUCACCUUCAAGUCCAUCCUCUUUGUGCCCAAGACGGCCCCGCCUCAGAUGUUUGCUGACUACGGCAAGAAGUUUGACCAUAUCAGUCUUUAUGUCAGACGAGUUUUCAUCACUCAUGACUUUGAGGACAUGAUGCCCAAGUACCUGAACUUUGUCAAGGGAGUUGUGGACUCGGACGACCUGCCCCUCAACGUCUCAAGAGAAACAUUGCAACAACACAAGCUCCUCAAGGUCAUCAAGAAGAAACUGGUUCGCAAGACCCUGGACAUGAUCAAGAAGCUCAGCUCGGAGGACUACAUCGACAAGUUCUGGAAGGAGUACGGUACCAACAUCAAGUUGGGCAUUAUCGAGGAUCACAGCAACCGUUCCCGCCUGGCCAAGCUGGUCCGUUUCUACUCCUCUAACUCAGAGGACCAGCUGACGAGCCUGGCCGAGUACCAGGAGAGGAUGAAGGACAAGCAGGAACAUAUUUACUUCAUGGCCGGCAGCAGCAGGAAAGAGGUGGAGACCUCACCGUUCACCGAGAGACUCAUCAAGAAGGGCUACGAGGUGCUCUACCUGACGGAGCCGGUGGACGAGUACACCGUUCAGUCCCUGCCGGAGUUUGAAGGCAAGAAGUUCCAGAACGUGGCCAAGGAGGGGCUGAAGAUAGGGGAGGAGUCGGAAAAAGCCAAAGAGAGGCGGGAGGAGCUGGAGGAGAAGUUUGAGCCGCUGACCAACUGGCUGAAGGAGACUGCCCUCAAGGAUGAGAUCAAAGACGCCAAAAUCUCACAGCGCUUGACAGAGUCCCCGUGCGCCCUGGUGGCCAGCCAGUACGGAUGGUCCGGCAACAUGGAACGCAUCAUGAAAUCGCAGGCCUACGCCAAGGCAGGAGACAGCAGUAACAGUUAUUACGCCUCCCAAAAGAAGACCCUGGAGGUCAACCCAAGGCACCCAUUGGUCAAGAAGCUCUUAGCUAAGGUGGAGGAGGACGCUGAAGACCAGACCGCCAAGGAUCUGGCCGUGGUCAUGUUUGAGACGGCUGUCCUGCGCUCGGGCUUUGCCCUGCCGGACUCCUCUGGCUUCGCGGGCAGGAUUGAGAGGAUGCUGCGGCUGGGAAUGAACGUGGACCUGGAUGAGAAGGUGGAAGAGGAGCCCGAGGAGGAAGAAGACGAGGAUGCAGAAGAGGCGGCCCAAGAAGAGGAGGAAGAUGAAGGAGAAAUUGAGGAUGAAGAGGUUCUAGAACCAGUGGAAGAUGAGCUUGUCAAAGAUGAAGAGCCUUCAAAAGAUGAGCUCUGAGGGACCUUUAGGGAAGAAUCUUACCUUCUUUCCUUCAGAAGUCCAUGUCACCUCAAUUUCCUUGCACUUGGUGGAAAAAUUAUCACAGACUUGUCCAAAAUUUUGCCAUUUGUUUUUGCAACUGUCAGUUUGUAUUCUUUCGUUAAUGAGUGCAGAAAGGGUAAACUAAAGUCCAGAAUUUUCUGCUUUCUGAAAGUCAAAUUCUGCUUUCUUCUGCUUUCUUCAUUUUGUGUAUAAAAACUGUAUGUGA